AUGGAUUCUGUUUUUCUUUUCCCUUUCAAAGACCACUUGGGAGAUUUAAGUGGACGGAAUGAAUUUUUCUUUUUUUUCCCCUCUAUUACAGUCAUUUCCAACUUUCUGUUUUUUGGUUUUUUUCUGAGCUCCCAAACAACCCUUUCCCUCCCCUAUAUAAGAAGUAAAAACCCAUGCACCCCACAGCAGAUAUCCUCUGCAGUAUUUUUUCUUAAGAAAAGAGGCAUCUGUUCUGGUUACAAAAUUCGGUCCUGCUUGGCAAGUAGUGAAACCAAAAUUCUGAAAACCAAAAUGGAACGGAGAGAGAAAUGGGUAUAUGAUUCCUCUUUGGAUCACAAAGGAAGGGUUCCUCUCCGAGCCACCACUGGUGUUUGGAAAGCCUCACUCUUCAUUAUUGCAAUUGAGUUCAGUGAGAGGUUGAGCUACUUUGGAAUCGCGACAAGUUUGAUCAUAUACCUCACCAAAGUGAUGCAUCAAGACCUCAAAACAGCAGCAAAGAAUGUCAAUUACUGGACUGGUGUUACCACCAUAAUGCCACUUCUGGGAGGGUUCUUAGCUGAUGCUUAUUUGGGCAGAUUCACUACUGUUCUUGCUUCAUCCAUUGUUUAUCUUCUGGGUUUAAUCCUCCUGACAAUGUCAAGACUAGUUCCAAACCUUAGGCCAUGCGACUCCACCACUUGCCUUGAACCAAGAAAAAUUCACGAAGUAUUCUUCUUCCUGGCCAUCUACUUGAUCUCCAUCGGCACCGGGGGCCACAAACCCUCCUUAGAGAGCUUCGGAGCAGAUCAAUUCGACGAUGAUCAUUCAGAGGAGAGAAGAAAAAAGAUGUCUUUUUUCAACUGGUGGAACUUCGGCCUGUGCUCUGGCUUAUUGCUUGGUGUAACAGUAGUGGUUUAUGUUCAAGACCAUGUGAGUUGGGCUGUUGCUGACAUCAUACUUACUAUUGUGAUGGCUUCCAGCUUGGUGGUUUUUUGCAUCGGGAAGCCGUUUUAUCGGUACAGGAAGCCGCCGGGGAGUCCAUUGACUCCCAUGGUUCAGGUUCUUGUUGCAGCCUUUGCCAAGAGAAAUCUUACUUCUCCCUCGAAUCCUAGUCAGUUGUUUGAAGUUCCAAAGUCCCAGAAGACGGAGGGGAGGCUCCUCUGGCAUACCGACAAGCUUAAAUUUCUUGACAAGGCUGCAAUCCUCGAAGACAAACAAAGUUCAGGUGAAAAGCAACAAAAUCCAUGGAGACUUGCAACUGUUACUCAGGUAGAAGAGAUGAAGCUAAUCGUCAACAUGAUCCCCAUCUGGCUGACCACAUUACCAUUUGGUAUUUGUGUAGCACAAGCCUCAACAUUCUUCAUCAAACAAGGCACAACCCUAGACCGCAAAAUUGGCCACUCCUUCGUAAUCCCUCCAGCCUCGAUUUACUCUCUCGCUGCCAUAGGAAUGAUCAUAUCGGUCAUAACCUACGAGAAAAUCCUCGUACCCUUUCUGAGAACCGCGACAGGAAACGAGAGAGGCAUCAAGAUCCUCCAGAGGAUCGGAAUCGGUAUGGCUUUUUCGGUCUUGACUAUGGUUGUUGCAGCCCUAGUAGAAAAAAAGAGGCUAACCCUCGUUGAAAAUGAUCCAACCAAAGGUUCAAGUACAAUGAGUGUUUUCUGGUUAGCCCCUCAAUUUCUCAUAAUUGGGUUUGGAGAUGGAUUUGCUCUGGUGGGAUUGCAAGAGUUUUUCUAUGACCAAGUCCCCGAUUCGAUGAGAAGCUUGGGGAUUGCACUCUACCUUAGUGUGAUUGGAGCGGCGAAUUUCAUAAGUAGCUGGUUGAUAACAAUUGUGGACUGUAUCACUGAGGAAAGGGGGAAAAGCUGGUUCGGAAAGGACUUGAACAGUAGCCGUUUGGACAAUUUCUUUUGGCUUCUAGCGGCGAUCACCGCGGCUAAUUUAGGGGUUUAUGUGGUCUUGGCACGGCGGUAUGCUUACAAGAAUGUGCAGGGAAGGGCUGUUGUGGCUGUGGCCGAUUGUUAUAAAGGUGAUGGUGUAGGAGCAGUGGAGAUGGCAUAGUUUUUAACUCUACUAUAUAGUAUAUAGCUUUUGUGUCUUUAAAAUAGUGGUGUUGUAGUUGUUGUCUUCAGAAUUAGUAUAUGAUUUGUAGUAAUUGUCUUCGGCAUUAUGUGAUCAAGUUGUGGGUCAUAAUAUGAAUAGUUGAUAAUGCAAGAUUGAUGUACUUACAUACAAAA